AAGUGGAGCGCCGGCUCCCACGCCUGCCCUUCUGCGGGGCACGGGCUCCAGCCGGGGCUCGGAGGUCGAGGCGUUCGCAGCGGCCGCCGCUGCGGUCUUACUCUGCGCGCCCUCCAGCGCUCCGGUCGGGCGGAACCUCUGAGCACCGGGCCGCGCCAUCGGGGGUGGGGGUCGCUCCGCCAGGAAGGAGGUGACGGGGGCGGCGCGGGCGCGGACACUCCCGCCGAGAGCCCGCUUGCCAUGGACUCGGAAUAUUACAGCGGCGACCAGUCAGCAGAUGAUGGUGGCGCUACCCCAGUACAGGAUGAACGGGAUUCAGGGUCAGACGUUGAGGAUGAUGUAAAUGAGCAGCCCUCUGGAUCAGACACUGGAAGUGUAGAACAUCAUUCAGAGAAUGAACCUAGUGAUCGAGAAGAUGGCCUUAAUAAAAGACAUCAUGUGACAGACUCUGAGAAUGAUGACCCCUCAAAUCUUAAUGCUAGUGACUCUGAGAGUGAGGAGCUUCAAAGGCAAAAGGACAGUGACUCUGAGUCUGAAGAUCAUGUAGAGCCUCCUGCAAGUGAUUCUGAAAAUGAGGGUGUCAAUCACCAUGGGAGCGACUCUGGGAGUGAGGAGACCAAGAAAUUACCUGUUAGUGACUCUGAAAAUGAGGAGCUUCUUAAUGGGCAUGCAAGUGACUCUGAAAAUGAAGAUGUUAGAAAGCACCCUGCCAGUGAUUCAGAGACUGAAGAGCUCCCAAAAAGUCCUGCCAGUGACUCGGAAACAGAGGAUGCGCUAAAACCUCAAGUCACCGACUCUGAGAGUGAGGAACCUCCAAGGCACCAAGCCAGUGACUCUGAAAGCGAGGCGCUUCCCAAACCUCAAGUUAGUGACUCUGAAAGCGAGGAGCUUCCCAAACCUCAAAUCAGUGACUCAGAAAGUGAGGAGCCUCAGAGGACUCAGGCCAGUGACUCUGAAAAUGAGGAGCUUCCUAAACCCCGUAUCAGUGAUUCAGAAAGUGAGGAUCCCCCAAGGCACCAAGCCAGUGACUCCGAAAAUGAAGAGCUUCCCAAACCCCGUAUCAGUGACUCAGAAAGUGAGGAUCACCCAAGGCACCAAGCCAGUGACUCUGAAAAUGAGGAGCUUCCCAAACCACAAAUUAGUGAUUCGGAAAGUGAGGAUCCCCCAAGGAACCAGGCCAGUGACUCUGAAAAUGAAGAGCUUCCCAAACCCCGAGUCAGUGACUCUGAGAGUGAGGAGCCUCAGAAGGCACCUGCCAGUGAUUCAGACACAGAAGCCUCCAGACACAAGCAGAAGCCAGAGUCAGAUGAUGGCAGCGAUGGGGAGAAGGGGGAGGGCGCAGAGGUGCAGAACAGCGCCUUCCGCUUAGAUAGCCAGGGAGACAGGAAGAGGUCUCGCGGCUCCGACAGCGAGGAGGAAGACCCCAGACGGCCAGAAAUGGACAGUGAUGAGGAGCCAGAGAAGCAGGGGGAGGAGGCAGCGAAGCGAAAGGCUGCGGUGCUUUCCGACAGUGAAGAGGAGGGAGCAUCAGCAAAGAAGAGCCGUAUUGUCUCUGACGCAGAGGACUCCGACAGCGAUGUGGUAUCAGACAAAUCUGGCAAAAGAGAGAAGACGACAGCAUCUGACAGCGAAGAAGAAGCAGGGAAGGAGUUGUCUGAUAAGAAAAAUGAAGAGAAGGAUCUGUUUGGGAGUGACAGCGAGUCAGGGAAUGAAGAAGAAAAUCUUAUCGCAGACAUAUUUGGAGAAUCUGGUGAUGAGGAGGAAGAAGAAUUUACGGGUUUUAACCAAGAAGAUUUGGAAGAAGAAAAAAGUGAAACACAGGUCAAAGAAGCUGAAGAUUCAGAUUCUGAUGAUAAUAUAAAGAGAGGAAAACAUAUGGACUUUCUGUCGGAUUUUGAGAUGAUGUUACAGCGGAAAAAGAGCAUGAGCGGCAAGCGCAGACGCAAUCGUGAUGGUGGUACUUUUAUUAGUGAUGCCGACGAUGUGGUGAGCGCCAUGAUCGUCAAGAUGAAUGAAGCUGCCGAGGAAGACAGACAGUUGAACAAUCAAAAAAAGCCAGCACUGAAAAAGUUAACAUUAUUACCUACUGUGGUUAUGCACCUUAAGAAGCAGGACCUUAAAGAAACAUUUAUUGACAGUGGUGUGAUGUCUGCCAUCAAAGAAUGGCUCUCACCUCUCCCAGAUAGGAGUUUGCCAGCACUGAAGAUUCGAGAGGAGCUGUUGAAGAUUCUGCAAGAGCUACCUAGUGUGAGCCAGGAGACCCUGAAGCAUAGUGGGAUUGGACGAGCAGUAAUGUAUCUCUAUAAACAUCCCAAGGAGUCAAGGUCCAACAAGGACAUGGCAGGGAAACUAAUCAAUGAAUGGUCCCGGCCUAUAUUUGGCCUUACCUCAAAUUACAAAGGAAUGACGAGAGAAGAAAGGGAGCAGAGAGACCUGGAGCAGAUGCCCCAGCGACGGAGGAUGAGCAGCACUGGUGGCCAGACACCCCGAAGAGACCUGGAAAAGGUGCUGACAGGAGAGGAGAAGGCUCUUAGACCUGGAGAUCCUGGAUUCUGUGCCCGUGCGCGGGUGCCAAUGCCCUCAAACAAGGACUAUGUUGUCAGGCCCAAGUGGAAUGUGGAAAUGGAGUCAUCCAGGUUUCAGGGGACCUCCAAGAAGGGUAUCAGUCGACUGGAUAAACAGAUGAGAAAGUUCACAGAUAUCAGGAAGAAAAGUCGAUCUGCACAUGCAGUGAAAAUCAGCAUCGAGGGCAACAAGAUGCCUUUGUGACCUGCUAGAGCGCCCACCUCGGCUCCAAGAAAUGCGUGGUGGACUCUGGAGAAAGAUGAUAUUUUAAAUUUUUUUAGUAUAUCUGUAAAUGGUUCAGCUUGUAUCAGAUGUUGUCAUAGCACUUGCAUUUCUCUGUUUUAUUUAAAACCAUUUGUUGUGUGCUUUGUACAGAGGAAUACUAGUCACACUUCUAUAAACUUUACAUAAUAAAAUCCCAGUCUGGUUUUGGGAGGCUGUCUCUU